UUCAGUUAAUCAACUAUUAAUGGUGAUGGUGAUCAAAAGUAAAGAGCUCGUCUUUACGAUCGGCCAUAGUACAUUUUUAAAGUCACUAUUGUGACCGAUCACAGAUCAUACACGCCAAUUGAAGAACAGUGAUACAAUGUCUUUAGAUCGGUGUACAGAAAUUGUCGAGACAAAUGACCUGACGUCACAUAUCGCUCAAAGUUGUCAGCUGGAAAAGAUGCCGUAUCCCAAGAGAGUGUUUUUAAUAAUAGGCAGUGAAUUCUGUGAAAGAUUUUGUUUCGGCACAAUGAAAGCUGUUCUGGCCCUAUAUUUAACAAACCAUCUAGACUACAGCGAAGACGAUUCAACCAUAGUUUUUACUGCGUUUUCGAUGGCCGUCUACUUCUUUUGUAUUUUUGGUGGCAUUUUGUCAGACGUUUGGAUGGGCAAGUUCAAGACAAUUUUAGUUACGUCCAUUGUGUACGCCAUCGGCACCAUAAUUGUGUCGUUCAGUUCAAUUACGAAUUUCAUUCAAUCGCCAAAAACCACUUUGAUCAUUGGUCUUCUGCUCAUAUCAACUGGUAGCGGUGGCAUCAAAUCAGCAGUUUCACCAUUUGGUGGUGAUCAGUUUUCCGUUCCGGAGCAAGCAGUGCAAAUUACUCAGUUCUUUUCAAUGUUUUACCUUGUUAUUAACUUGGGUCCACUAAUUUCCAAUGUAAUCACACCGGUUCUAGCACACAGUGUUCAUUGCUUCGGAAAUGAUGAGUGCUAUCCGCUAGCUUUCGGCUUUCCUGGACUGCUAAUGAUCCUAGCUAUUGUAUUGUUCGUGUGCGGAUCAUGUUCAUAUACAUAUAAGGAGCUUCCUUCCGAGAAUGUUAUCGUACAAGUAGUUAAAUGCAUUACGUAUGCUAUCGUAAAGAAAAUUCGAGUUGGUCGUUCGGGUCCACGCAAAAAGCUCCUAGACUAUUCACUUGACAAAUAUGGCAAAAGUUUGGUCAACGAUACGAGGGCUGUUAUUGGAAUAUUUGUGCUUUACUUGCCAUUGCCAUUAUUUUGGACAUUACAUACUCAGCAAGGCUCUCGAUGGACAUUCCAAGCGAACGCAAUGAAUGGUGACCUGGGAUUCUACGAAAUCACAGCUGAUCAGAUGCUUGUUGUGAAUCCACUUUUGAUACCAAUUCUCAUUCCACUGUUCAACUACGUGAUCUAUCCACUUGUCAGUAAAAUCGGCAUCCGACGACCACUGCAAAAGAUGGCAAUCGGUAUAAUAUUAGCCGCAGUGUCGUUUGUAUUUGCGGCUCUAGUUCAAUUCCGUAUCGAAUCACUGCCAAAGAAGUCUGUACACAUGCUGUGGCUCAUACCACAAUACAUCGCAAUGACAAUGGCUGAGGUUAUGUUCGCCAUCACAGGAAUUACGUUCUCGUAUGAAGAAGCACCGGAAACAAUGAAAUCGGUUCUUCAAGCACAUUGGCAGUUCAUCGACGCUUUUGGUAAUUUAAUUCUAAUCAUCAUUGUUCAAUUCGUUAAGUUUCAAUCGCAAGCAUACGAAUUUCUAUUUUAUGCUUGUCUCUUGUUUGUUGAUGUGCUCCUGUUUAUAGUGUUCGCUCACAAAUACAAAGCUAAGGCCACUAGGGAUUGUGAGAAGCGACACGCAGUUUUAGAUGAAUAAAGACGAAAA